GACACAUCUAUGGUGAAGUCUUAUAGUCUCUCCAUAAGACAUGGUCCUCUGUCUGAGCAAACCUCUAAGGAUGGACGUGGGUGAAACUAAAAUAUUCAAGAGUGUAUUUAACCUCACUCGGGACAUCAUCUACCUACUGAUUGGAGAGGACUAUACAGUAGUGAAGAUGACAUCUGGAGAGUUUGCUUCACCAGUUAGCCAUCCCAGUGUGUCAGGAGAAUGGAGCAGGACCCAGAGCUCCAUCUUGGAGACUCCAACUCAUUCACAUAUACAUGAUAGAAUGAAAAAGCAGAAGAUCCUAGAACUCACCAACAAGAUCCUUGAGGUCCUGACUGGAGAGGUUCCCAUAAGGUGUCAGGAUGUCAGUAUCUAUUUCUCCAUGGAGGAGUGGGAGUAUUUAGAAGGACACAUGGAUCUGUACAUUAAUAUCAUAAUGGAGAACUACCAGACCCUCACGUCACCAGGUAGGAGAGGCGUCUAA